CCCAUUAACCGUACACAUACAAUAACGUCGCGUAUUUUAGUUUUCGUUUGACAUUCGCUGCGAGGGUACGGUUUAUACGUAGCGGAUAAAUAUUAAACUUAUGAAAUACAAGUUUAGAAAACGUAUUUUCUGAAGAAAUACAACAAAUUACUAUAUGAAACGUAAAUGUUUAAGAAAAUACACGUAAUAUUUGGAUAAAAUUUUAAGAAAAAAAUUAUAAAAAGUGAAAAUUUGUUAAUGACUAAAAGCUCUUGUUAGUAACACCUAUUUGUGGAUUAAUUUAACGGUUAACAAAAAAAGAGCAAAAAAGUCAUUUUCUUUUAAAAAGAAAAAAGUUAAAGAAAAAUUUAAGAAAAUAUUAAACCUAGAAAAAAAGUGAAAAGUGUUAAACUGCUUAAAGGUUUUAACUCAAAUUGCAGCAAUCUUUUUAACAGUGUAAAACCCGGUGAUUUAAAAAACGCUGCUUAAGAAUUAAGUAAUUAAACCUUAACUUAACCGACAACAUAGGUCAUUUUCUCAACAACCACUUGAAUUUAUAGCAAAAAAAUCCUUUAACUACAAACAUUAAAAAAAAAUUGUAGAUUUUUUUUUUUUGCGCGCGCUAAUUAACGUCAACAAAAAUAUAAAAAACAACAACAACAAAAAGUUAAAAAACAACCUACUCGUGUUUAAAAUAAACGCCGCCGUCUAACUUGUUCCUUUUACUUCAAAAAAAGAAAAGAAAAAAAAGUGCAAUAAAAAAAUCUAACAAAAAACCUGUUGGCAAUUAAAAGAUUUCAAAUUCAUAAUAAUAAAAAAAAUACCUUAAACCAAUAAAACCAAUAAAAUAAUUUAAAAUAAUUUAUUUUUUCAAAUCCUUAAAAAUAAAAAUCUUGAAAAUUUGUUUUUCAACAAAAUAUUUAAAAAAUUAAAAACCCCCCUAAAAAAAAGUGAAAAAAAAACAAAAAUCCAAAAAUAAAUUCUCUUAUAAACCUGCUAUAAUUUGUUUAACAAAAUUCUUACCGAAGUAACUAAAGCGCCCCUUAGGGCUGUCGCGUUGGCGUCAUUUUUGGGCGACGGUUUCGCCGCCCUCGGCUCAAGAGCACCGCCGGUUAAGGAUCUAAUGGCGUUUGGUUCGGUUUUACACAACAAUCAACACAAUAUAGGACGUAGUGAACCGCCGGUCGGUGUUGGCGAUCCCUGUGCUGGCUGUAAUAAACCAAUUUUAGAUAAAUUUUUAUUAAAUGUUUUAGAACGCGGUUGGCAUGCGUCCUGUGUGCGCUGCUGUGAAUGCCUUCAACCUUUAACGGAUAAAUGCUUUAGUAGAGAAUCAAAAUUAUACUGCAGGAAUGAUUUUUUCAGACGCUAUGGUACCAAGUGCAGUGGCUGCGGCCAAGGUAUUGCUCCCUCCGAUCUCGUUCGUAAACCUCGUGAUAAGGUGUUUCACCUCAAUUGUUUUACAUGUUGUAUCUGCCAUAAACAGCUCAGUACGGGUGAACAACUCUAUGUGCUGGACGACAAUAAAUAUAUCUGCAAAGAUGAUUAUUUACUUGGCAAAGCACCUUCGAUAUGUGGCCAUAAUUCCUUAAGUG